AUGUUGCCACGUUUGAUCCCGCUUCACUCUCCACACAACGUCAAUGAUCAGAGACUUGGGCGUUGUUCCCAUCUGUUUCCACAACUGCCCAUCCUGUCCGAAUACAACUCCCUUCCCUUCCUCGGCCGCUCAACCAUGGCACCUUUCACCAACCCGUUCCGGCGUGCGGCAGCGGAAAAUGAGUCGGGCCAGAUCACCGUUCACGUAAAGUGGGGUCGCGAGCGCUUCAACAUCCCCAUCCCGAACCCAGAUAUGACCCCGCUCUCGCAGCUGAUCGGCACGCUGUCGCAUCAGACCGGUAUCCCUGCCGACCAGCUCAAGCUCGUCUUCAAGGGGGCCGUUCUGAAGGACCAGCUCCUGACCCUCUCCUCAUAUGGGAUCACAGAUGGGUCGAACCUGACGAUGGUGGGGAAAGAGGGUCCGGCGCCCGCCCCUCCUGCGCCUACUCAGCAGGUGGUCAAGAAGAAGAACAAGCAGCCGGAGACGGACUCGGAACAGGUGUUGGUCGACUGGAUCCGCAGCCUGGUCUCUGGCGUCGUCGAGCCGCUCGAGGCCAGCAUUGUGACGUUUGUGCACCAGGCUGCGCCGUCGGCCACGAACAAGCCCAAAGUCCAGCAGAGCUUUGAAGUGCUGCAGCGUGAGCAUGCGCGUCUGAGCGAGCUGUUGCUCAAGGGUCUGCUGGAUAUGGACGGCGUCGAGAUCCCAAGUGGGUGGGCGGAGGCACGGUUGGAGAGGAAGAACGGCGUUAAAAGGCUGCAGGGGGAGCUUACACGGGUGGACGAUGCCUGGGGGAACAGAAAGCGGUUGGCGACGUAG